UUCAUAUCUAUAUUUUGCAGUGUUCAUUACAAUUGAUAUAGUAUUAUUAAUAUGCUUUAUAAAUGAUAUUUGCAUAACAUUGAGUCCCAAACCUUAAAUUAAAAUAAUACUGAAAUAAAACUAGCACUAAUGCCGCGUUCAACUGAACGCCCUGGACGUUUACCGUCUCUGCGUGGUCCAAGGGAUCUAACCCUUGGUGGUGUCAGGAAAAAGACUUUUACUCCUAACAUCCCAGUGAGAAAAGAGAGAAGCAAGCAAGAACAAAAGACAGAUGAAGUUUCAACAAGAUCAAAAAAGGAUGGCUCCAGACGGGAUAGACAAAGAGGAAGAGGUAGGGGGCGUGGCAGGGGCAGACCUGAAAUUAUUCAAUCACAUUCUAUCUUUGAAGCGGGACCUAGUGCAGAACCUGUGGCAAAACGUAACGAUGCAGGUUUUGGGACGGGAGGUGGUGGAGGAGCAUCAAAAGAUGCAAUUGAAAAACCAAGUAUAAAACAGGAAAUAUUCGAUGAAGAUUUAGAGAAAUCAAAGACUGAAGAAGCAUUGAAAAAUUUAGAGGGGGAUUCUUUAUUCAUUGCUGAUUUAGAAAACGACGAUUCUCUGAUGCCAACAUCUCUUCCUAUGUUCUCAUCAUUGUGGCCGCCUGGAGCAGGCAUAUCAAAGCAGACUAUGAACGAUCCGGAAUCUUCAAUUGAAUGCAGUAAUGUUUUUCUUGGCAGUGCUUUUAAACAAGAAGCAAAGGAUCCAACAGACGUUCUUAUAUUUCAGUUACCUGACACUCUACCUGCUGUACCACCUUCCACUGAUACACACAUUAAAACUGAGCCCGGAAUUAAAAUAGAACCUGGAAAAGUAAAACAGGAACCCGGUCUUGAUGUUGCAAAUGCGGAAAAUAAACAUUGUACUCUGGAAGAAUUAUCAGAAGGCUAUGUCGGUAAACUUCAGGUAAUGAAGUCCGGUAAAUGUAGACUGUUAUUGGGAAAUAUAAUACUGGAUCUGACCAAAGGGACUCAUUCGUCAUUUCAGGAAGAACUUGUGUCCGUACGUUUACCACCUGAAGGCCAGGAUUCUGCGCAGGGACAUAUGACUGUUUUAGGUAAUAUUUCGAAUAAGAUAAUUUGUACUCCUGAUAUGGAGCAUUUAAUAAGGCAAACCCAAACAUGAAUUAUUUUUCUAGACAUUAUUGAGUCAAUAUUUAAAAUAACACAAAACUACUGUAAUGAUCCUAUUUAGGCUUCGCUUCAUUAAUAUUUUAUAUUUGUUUAAAUUUUUAAAGUAAGAAUGACGUUAAAUUAAAAAUGAAAUGCUGAGUA